AUCGCCGUUUGAUGGUGGAGGCUGGAGAACCGCGGUGAAAAUGCUGCUCUUCUGCCCGGGCUGCGGGAACGGGCUGAUAGUGGAGGAGGGGCAGCGCUGCCACCGCUUCGCUUGCAACACGUGCCCUUACGUGCACAACAUCACCAGGAAGGUAACGAAUCGCAAGUAUCCAAAGCUGAAAGAAGUGGAUGACGUGCUAGGGGGAGCCGCUGCCUGGGAGAAUGUUGACUCCACUGCAGAGCCGUGCCCCAAAUGUGAACACCCUCGAGCCUACUUCAUGCAACUUCAGACUCGUUCUGCGGAUGAGCCUAUGACUACUUUCUACAAGUGUUGCAAUGCACAAUGUGGACAUCGCUGGCGGGACUAGGCCCACAUGCCCACUGUUCCCUGGUUGCUGUGUGACUCAGAGAUAGCUCCCAGUUGGGAAUGUAUAUUAUGUAACAUAUGGAAAUAAAUGGUGGAAAUCUUU